CAAAGAGUAUGGAGUGUGAAGCUCAGUUUAUCUUUACAGGAGGAAGUAAGAGCCAAUGAUAUCAGAAAUGACAGAGGUUAGUGAAACUAAGAUCUGCAGGAAUGACGACGGAGAGACGAAUAUGGCAGCUUGGCUACUUGGAAUCAGAACCCUUAAAAUCCAACCUUACCUUCUUCCUCCACUCGGCCCUCAUGAUGUGGAAGUACGUAUAAAAGCUCUAGGCAUAUGCGGGAGUGACGUUCACUACUUCAAGAACAUGAGGAACGCGAAUUUCGUCAUGAAAAAGCCGAUGAUCCUCGGCCAUGAGUGUGCCGGGAUCAUAGAACAAGUAGGGAGCCAAGUGAAGUCCCUAGCCAUCGGAGAUCGCGUCGCGUUGGAGCCCGGCAUCAGUUGCCAAAGAUGCAAUCUCUGCAGAAACGGUCGUUACAAUAUUUGUCCAAAAAUGAAGUUCUUUGGAUCUCCUCCAACUAAUGGUGCUCUUGCCAAUAAGGUGGUACAUCCUGCAAAUCUUUGUUUCAAACUACCCGACAAUGUGAGCCUGGAAGAAGGUGCGAUGUGCGAACCGCUCAGCGUCGGAAUCCAUGCUUGUCGCCGGGCAGAAGUAGGUCCCGAAACGAAUGUGUUGAUCGUUGGAGCAGGUCCCAUAGGCCUUGUCACUUUAUUGGCUGCUCGUGCAUUUGGAGCACCCAGAAUCGUCAUUGUCGAUGUCGAUGAUUGUCGUCUCUCGAUUGCAAAGAAACUUGGUGCAGAUGAGUCUGUUCAAGUGUCAACCAAUAUUCAGGAUGUGGAUGAAGAAGUGGUGAAGAUUCAAAACGCCAUGGCUUGCAUUGAUGUGAGCUUUGAUUGUGUUGGCUUCAACAAAACCAUGUCUACUGCUUUGAGUGCCACCGGAGCUGGCGGCAAAGUCUGUCUCAUCGGAUUAGCGCAGGGCGACCUAACGAUCCCUCUCACUUCAGCUGCUGUGAGGGAGAUUGAUGUCAUUGGAAUAUUCCGGUACCGGAACACAUGGCCGCUCUGCAUCGAGUUCUUGAGCACCGGGAAGAUCGAUGUGAAGCCGCUCAUUACUCAUAGGUUCGAGUUCACUCAAAAGGGUAUAGAAGAUGCUUUCCAAACCAGUGCCGGUGGCAGCAAUGCCAUUAAAGUCAUGUUUAAUGUGUAAUUCCAUUCUUAGUCAAAAUAUGGUAGAGUGGACUACAUAUGGAGGGAGUUGAAAGAU